CGCUCGCGGAGCCGGCGCAGGCCAAGGGGAGGUAGGAACCCCCACUCAACUGUUGGCCUCUGACACCGUUCCUGGGACCCCAUCCACACCUUGUUUCCCACACCCGGAAUACAGACUGAGAGGAGCCCAGGAGAUAGAGCUGAGCUUCAUCACCCAGUCCCCAGAGGCAGCGAGACAUGGGCCCCAGUUUCCAAAUCCUGACGCCUUUCAUUUAACCAGAAGACUUGGAGGGGAGCCACCACCCCUGACCAUGUAGAUGCCAGCUCCAGGGAGCAGCAUGGGCCCCACUGAAUGGAGACUCCUGGGUCUGCAGCCCUGAGCCCCUCUGGCCCCUGGACGUUGCCCCGUGCCCAGGGAUACACCUUGAAGCUCACCACUGCUGUCGCCAGCCCACCUCAACCACCCCCUCCUCCUGGAACCCAAAGUCGGCCACCAGGAGCCACAGUCAUCCAGUGAGGUUGUGCUAAGGACAGUCACACGGAGCCAUCGCCCAGCAGUCUCUUGUCCAGCGCUGACUCUCGGGCCCACCCUGAACAGGGACUGGAGCAAACAUGGGUGACAUGACCAACAGCGAUUUUUACUCCAAAAACCAAAGAAAUGAGUCGAGCCAUGGGGGUGAGUUUGGGUGCACAAUGGAAGAGCUCCGCUCUCUAAUGGAGCUACGGGGCACCGAGGCUGUGGUCAAGAUCAAAGAGACUUAUGGUGACACUGAAGCCAUCUGCCGGCGCCUCAAAACCUCACCUGUGGAAGGUUUGCCAGGCACCGCUCCAGAUCUGGAAAAGAGAAAGCAGAUUUUUGGGCAAAACUUUAUACCUCCAAAGAAGCCAAAAACCUUCCUGCAGCUGGUGUGGGAGGCACUGCAAGAUGUGACGCUGAUCAUCCUGGAAAUUGCGGCCAUCAUCUCCCUGGGGCUGUCCUUCUACCACCCGCCUGGAGAGAGCAAUGAAGGAUGUGCAACGGCCCAGGGAGGGGCAGAGGAUGAAGGGGAGGCAGAGGCAGGCUGGAUCGAAGGGGCAGCCAUCCUCCUCUCAGUCAUCUGUGUGGUCCUGGUCACGGCCUUCAAUGACUGGAGCAAAGAGAAGCAGUUCCGAGGCCUGCAGAGCCGCAUUGAACAGGAGCAGAAGUUCACCGUGGUCCGGGCUGGCCAGGUGGUCCAGAUCCCUGUGGCUGAGAUUGUUGUUGGGGACAUCGCCCAGGUCAAAUAUGGUGACCUCCUCCCUGCCGACGGCCUGUUCAUUCAGGGCAAUGACCUCAAGAUUGAUGAAAGCUCCCUGACAGGGGAGUCUGACCAGGUGCGCAAGUCCGUGGACAAGGACCCCAUGCUGCUGUCAGGGACCCACGUGAUGGAGGGCUCUGGACGGAUGGUAGUGACUGCUGUGGGUGUGAACUCUCAGACUGGCAUCAUCUUCACCCUGCUGGGGGCUGGUGGUGAGGAGGAAGAGAAGAAAGACAAGAAAGGUGUGAAGAAGGGGGAUGGCCUUCAGCUACCAGCGGCCGAUGGUGCAGCAGGUUCAAAUGCUGCAGAUAGUGCAAAUGCCAGCCUAGUCAAUGGUAAAAUGCAGGAUGGCAAUGUGGACGCCAGCCAGAGCAAAGCCAAACAGCAGGACGGGGCAGCCGCCAUGGAGAUGCAGCCCCUCAAGAGUGCAGAGGGUGGCGACGCCGAUGACAAAAAAAAGGCCAACAUGCACAAGAAGGAGAAAUCUGUGCUACAGGGCAAACUCACCAAGCUGGCUGUGCAGAUCGGCAAGGCGGGUCUGGUGAUGUCGGCCAUCACAGUCAUCAUCCUGGUGCUCUACUUCACUGUGGACACCUUCGUGGUCAACAAGAAGCCGUGGCUACCCGAGUGCACACCCGUCUAUGUGCAGUACUUCGUCAAGUUCUUCAUCAUCGGCGUGACGGUGCUGGUGGUCGCCGUGCCCGAGGGGCUCCCUCUGGCUGUCACCAUCUCGCUGGCCUACUCGGUGAAGAAAAUGAUGAAAGACAACAACCUGGUACGCCACCUGGACGCCUGUGAGACCAUGGGCAAUGCCACCGCCAUCUGCUCAGACAAGACAGGCACACUGACCACCAAUCGCAUGACAGUCGUGCAGGCUUAUGUUGGCGAUGUCCACUACAAGGAGAUCCCUGACCCCAGCUCCAUCAAUGCUAAGACCAUGGAGCUGCUCGUCAAUGCCAUUGCCAUCAACAGCGCCUACACCACCAAGAUUCUGCCCCCAGAGAAGGAGGGUGCCCUGCCUCGGCAGGUGGGCAACAAGACGGAGUGCGGCCUGCUGGGCUUCGUGCUGGACCUGAAGCAAGACUAUGAGCCGGUGCGCAGCCAGAUGCCGGAGGAGAAGCUGUACAAGGUGUACACCUUCAACUCCGUGCGCAAGUCCAUGAGCACGGUCAUCAAGCUGCCCGACGAGAGCUUCCGCAUGUACAGCAAGGGCGCCUCUGAGAUCGUGCUCAAGAAGUGUUGCAAAAUCCUCAACGGGGCAGGGGAGCCCCGGGUCUUCCGGCCCCGUGACCGGGACGAGAUGGUGAAGAAGGUGAUCGAGCCCAUGGCCUGCGAUGGGCUCCGCACCAUCUGUGUGGCCUACCGUGACUUCCCCAGCAGCCCUGAGCCCGACUGGGACAAUGAGAAUGACAUCCUCAAUGACCUAACCUGCAUCUGCGUGGUGGGCAUCGAGGACCCUGUGCGGCCCGAGGUCCCAGAAGCCAUCCGCAAGUGCCAGAGGGCAGGCAUCACAGUUCGCAUGGUCACUGGUGACAAUAUCAACACAGCCAGGGCCAUCGCCAUCAAGUGUGGCAUCAUCCAUCCUGGGGAAGACUUUCUAUGCCUGGAGGGCAAGGAGUUCAACCGGAGGAUCCGCAAUGAGAAGGGGGAGAUUGAACAGGAGCGAAUUGACAAGAUCUGGCCAAAGCUACGGGUGCUGGCUCGUUCCUCCCCCACGGACAAGCAUACCCUCGUCAAAGGCAUCAUCGAUAGCACACACACCGAGCAGCGGCAGGUGGUGGCCGUGACGGGGGAUGGCACCAACGAUGGGCCUGCACUCAAGAAGGCUGACGUGGGCUUUGCCAUGGGCAUCGCAGGCACGGAUGUGGCCAAGGAGGCCUCAGACAUCAUCCUAACGGAUGACAAUUUCAGCAGCAUUGUCAAGGCAGUGAUGUGGGGCCGCAAUGUCUAUGACAGCAUCUCCAAAUUCCUGCAGUUCCAGCUGACGGUCAAUGUGGUGGCUGUGAUCGUGGCCUUCACCGGCGCCUGCAUCACGCAGGACUCCCCCCUGAAGGCCGUGCAGAUGCUCUGGGUAAACCUCAUCAUGGACACGUUCGCCUCGCUGGCGCUGGCCACGGAGCCGCCCACCGAGACCCUGCUUCUGAGGAAGCCAUAUGGCCGCAACAAGCCCCUCAUCUCACGGACCAUGAUGAAGAACAUCCUGGGCCAUGCCGUCUACCAGCUGACCCUCAUCUUCACCCUGCUGUUUGUUGGCGAGAAGAUGUUCCAGAUCGACAGUGGGAGGAACGCGCCCUUGCACUCGCCACCCUCGGAGCACUACACCAUCAUCUUCAACACCUUCGUCAUGAUGCAGCUCUUUAACGAGAUCAAUGCCCGCAAGAUCCACGGCGAGCGCAAUGUCUUUGAUGGCAUCUUCCGGAACCCUAUUUUCUGUACCAUCGUGCUGGGCACCUUUGCCAUCCAGAUAGUGAUCGUGCAGUUUGGGGGGAAGCCAUUCAGCUGCUCUCCACUGCAGCUGGACCAGUGGAUGUGGUGCAUAUUCAUCGGGUUAGGAGAGCUCGUCUGGGGCCAGGUCAUCGCUACCAUCCCGACCAGCAGGCUCAAGUUCCUCAAGGAGGCAGGCAGGCUCACGCAGAAGGAGGAGAUCCCAGAGGAGGAGCUCAAUGAAGACGUGGAGGAGAUAGACCACGCUGAGAGGGAGCUGCGGCGAGGCCAGAUCCUGUGGUUCCGAGGCCUGAAUCGAAUCCAGACUCAGAUUGAAGUAGUCAAUACUUUCAAGAGCGGGGCCUCCUUUCAGGGGGCCCUGCGGAGACAGUCCUCCGUCACCAGCCAGAGCCAGGACAUUCGCGUCGUGAAGGCGUUCCGUAGCUCUCUCUAUGAAGGUCUAGAAAAGCCUGAGUCUCGAACCUCCAUCCAUAAUUUCAUGGCUCACCCUGAAUUCCGGAUCGAAGAUUCCCAGCCCCACAUCCCCCUCAUUGACGACACCGACCUGGAAGAAGAUGCCGCGCUCAAGCAGAAUUCGAGCCCGCCGUCAUCGCUCAACAAGAACAACAGCGCCAUCGACAGCGGGAUCAACCUGACAACCGACACAAGCAAAUCAGCUACCUCUUCAAGUCCAGGGAGUCCCAUCCACAGCCUGGAGACGUCGCUUUAGCUGAGGACCCCCGCCGCCACCCACCCCCGGGCCCCACCCAUCCAGGCACCCAGCUCACCCAAGCAGCAACGAGCAACAACAGGAAACCAAAUACUGGCGAGAAAACCAACAUUUCCCCCCCAAGAGACCCUUUUUCUGGCUGCGAUGCUGUUUGAACUCUUUUUCACUUUGAGGCAAGGGGGCGGGGUCUCCCCGGGGGGUCCCCGGGAGUGAGCGAUCUUCCCAGGACAAGCCCUCCCAGGCUCCCGCCCAAACAUGGACCAGCCAUGCACCCGCCAGGCCACCACGUCCCCUGCAUGAAUGUACUGUACACUUCCAGUCCUCCCCUUGUUUGGUGUGGGGGGGUCGGGGAGGGUUUUUUGUUUGUUUUCUUAGGCGGGAACUGCAAACAGACUCUUUUCUGAGACUAUUUAUCCAAUCCACUGGUCUGUGAGUUUUUGAAAAUGCUUGCGCAGCAUGGUCUCAGUUGUAUAGGUUAAUUUAACAACUUUUUGAAACUGCAGAGCUUCACUCACCUAGUAAAUUUGCACCAACGGAACCGAAGAACUUCAUAGACACUCACAAGGUUAUAUCCAUUUCUUUGUAUCUAUAUCAACGUAUACUUUUCCAAGACUGUAUACGUCCAUAUAGAUAGGUAUAUAUAUAUAUAUAUAUAUAUAUACACACACACGGAUAUAUAAAGUUUUUUUUUUUUUUUUUGCCGGCAUGUUGCCUUGUUUCCGCUUAAAUUGCUCUAUUUUAACUUAUUUAUGUCCUAAAACAAGAAUGUAAUUUGUUUACAAACCUGUAGAUAACGUCUUUGGCUAUUUGUACGGUUUAAGAACACUGGUGGCUGAGAUGCUAUAAAAACAGCUCAGCCCAACAGACACUUCCCCGGAUUGCAUCCUUGAUGUUUUACAAUAGCCAUGCUCUGAUUUUUGCCUGCUGUUUCCGUUCAAUUAUGUCACUACCACGGGAGGCCCAGACAGAAGCCAAACACUACCGAGUAUCCAUCCGGAAGGGGGUUAACACCGUGCUCCGUAGACAAGGGAGAGGAGGAGAGAAGGCUUCCUAGGUUCGUAGCGCUACCGGCCGGCGCAGCCCGAGGAUCCGGGCGUCUGCCAAGCUUUGGUUGAAGACUUUUCUCUCGAUGAAACUCGCUUGAGUUUACCAAGAGCAUUUCAAAAAAAAGAGGUUCUCUUUGGCACUGUCUGUACAGAGGUUGAGGUAGUGUUGCAAUAUUAUAAAUGCUACUGUGUUGAUUUUCUUUUUUCUUUUUUCUUUUUUUUUUUUUAGUAAUUUAGAGGUUUAUUUACUUAUAAAUUGCAGCGUAUGAGCUGUUGGCAUACUGGAUGAGGAUCAUUAUGGCUUGCUGCUUUUAUUUUUAUUUUUGAAGAAGAAUAGCCUUUUUCUCUGCACUAUUUAGAUCCGAACGAACCUUAUGAUGUGUAUAUUGAGAUGUAUUCAGUGUGAUUUUUUAAACCAAAUUGUCUUCCUGUAGUCGCAAUAUAUACUGUAGCCUUUCGACAGCAAGUCUUGCUUUCCCAGACAGAAAGCCAUUCUGAAACCCUACAGUAUCACAGGUGAGAAAAGGUGGUUAAUUUCCCCCCAAGACAAUAACAGCACUAGUAAUCCCACUUAAUGAGAGCUUAUUUAAUUGUACGUCAGCCUCUUAACUGCUAAGCACUUUGUGGGUAUCAGCUUUUUUCAUAAAAGAACUUUUGUAUUUAAUACAAAGUUUGCUUUGAGACUUUUCAGCAUACAAUCUUUUUCCAUAAACUUGUACAGUGCAAAAGACAUUUUGAAUACCAUGAUCGAUGACGUCCCAUGCUUCAAGGAAAACCAAACACUUUCCACCUCGCUUGCGAAAUGCGCUCCUCAGACUGACCCUUCCCAUGGUUGCUCUGUGUCAGCUCGGCCCUUCCCCUCUCCAGGCCCAGAGAAUUCUCCCACAAACAAGAUGAGAGCCACUUGGGAAAAGAGCCAUAGUCCGCUGGGAGGGCCUACGUCUGGGUGGCUGUGAAGGAACCUGAGGGUUUGGGAUCCCAAGUCUGCCCAUCCCACUUGGCAAACCUUCCUGGAAGGAGGACCUUCUGCGCGUGAGAGCAUCCCCUGAAUGUCGCAAAGGAGUAUCUCUGAAUGUACCCAGCAAAGGAAACUGCAACCCCAACAGGGUGACCAGCCCUCAGAUAUGCUUAUUGGAUUCCAAUACAAACACCACCAAAAGCCAGCCCGCUGUUCUCCUGCCAGGAAAGGAAAGACCCACUCAUGGAAAACAUGGAGCAGCCUUGGAACAUGGUGGUUUUUUGUUUUUGUUUUUGUUUUUUUGUAGUUUCCUUUCUCAAGGUUUCCCAUAUCCCCACCUUCUCUGUUCCAAUCUUGUGUCCAUGACCUCAUUCCACAACACCAGGAGAGCCGCGUGUGCGCACCAUGCUCCCUGUUCAUUAGGAGCCAGGACACAGGGAAAACAGGAGGCUUUCUCUGAGCAGAGCUUAGCUUGGGGAACAGGGAGCAGUGGUAGAGUGACCGGGAACACCCGACCUUAGUGUUGGUCUUUUCUUGUCAGGAAUGAUGGAUGCUCACACACACGCACGCACGCGCACACACACACACACACAGACACACACACAGGAAAUGAUUGGUUUGUCAAACCUCACCGUAGUACAUAAAGCUUGCACUCUGCGUCCUAUAUCUAGCAGCAUGGGGUACGUUUGGCAGUUCACCCCAUUAGGGGGUAAAUAAUUUAUGACCAUUCAUCUGUUUUUAUGAAUUUUUUUAUCUAGACAAUAAUUGUAAAUAAAGAACUCACCGUCUCUGUUCAUUUAAUACUAUGCAAUGGUUAUGCUUUCAAUUGCUGACUCUUCUUAUUCCCGCAGUGUGGUUCUGAAAUGUCUGUGGUUAAAAAAAAAAAAAAAGGCAAAAAAACAACAUCAACCAGAACACAACAAAUAUAUACUCUGUAAUUUUUUUUUUCCAGUUUGGGACUGCACCAUCCACUUAACUUCUUUUCUGUCCUCUGGACAAGGGCUUUAGAAGAUAGCAGAUUCAUUCUGAGGUCUAAGCUCAACCACUUGUCUCCCCUCAACAGAUGAGAGAAGAGCAGGGGGCACAUUCAAUGACCCCCAGGGAUGAAGAAUCACCCACCUGUGGAGGUGGGCAGGGAGGAACGUUUCCUCCCUGUGUCUCAGGCAGUGCUUUCCCUAACUCUGAAGCAGCCUCCAUUGUUCCCACCAGUCCCUUGCCCCCUUGUCCCAACCAGAGCACAGGGUUGACAAGAGGGAGGGUGCCCUGCUUUUGAGACCAGACCAAUGACAAUGACAGUAGUGGGCCAAGGACUCUGGACCCAUCUCAGCCUGGGUAGCCUACUUAUUGAAGAGCUGCUCUCUUCCCAACCAUGUUGAAAUGCCACUUGUACCACAUAUUGAUAGUUUAUAUAGAUUUGGGUCUAUUUCUGGAAUUUCUCUUCUGUUCCCUUCUCUGGGUGUCUCAUCUGGCACCAGCCAUACAGUUCUAAUUACUGUCAUUUUAUAUAAUGUUUUAUCAUGUGGAGGGAUAAGUACCCUUCCCUCUUUUUUUUUUUUAAACGAAAUUUCCUGAUUAUUGUCUCACAGCUAUUCUUUUACGGAAACUUCACAAUGUUGCCAAGUCUUCCACCACAACCCCCUGUCCUUCCCCCACCCCAAAUCCUGGGCCCUGUCAUUUUACUGGCAAAGGGCUUCCUGCCAUUGUAAGCACUGUUCAUUCAGGGUCACUAAAUAGUGUUCCAUAAGGAGAAACAAAAAGAACAUUCUAAAUCCUGGGGGAAUGUUCCUCCCAUGAUCUCACCUGUACCCUAAGCAAGGUUGUCAUCAGGAAAGGCCACCAAGCCCCACCCCCAGUCUCAGUUUAGGACUCAGUCACCCACCUUGGUUGUGCUGUGGUGGACCUUCCAUCUGCCCCAGAAGAGGAAGAGAGGGCUCUCUCUCUCUCCCAGACCUGGAGCUACCAGAAUGCAUGGCCCAGUUGUCUAUGUUCUAAUUUUCUUCAUGAAGAAACAUUUAUUCCUGUCUCCCUCUCCUGAACGAACUUUUUUAUUUUUGUUGGGGGGGGGUCACUUCUUGUUCUUUAUUCAGAGUUUAUUCAGCGGUUGUGUAAUAGGUCCUUUGGGAUGCAGGAAUUUCUUUCCCAGACCUUCAAACCACCCUGACUCCCCCUGCCCAUCCCUGCUCUACUUAAGGGAGGCUGUCAGCUGGGUGCGCUGCAACGUGCCUCCCACCCUAAACUCUCUCCAUAGUAUCUGAGAUCCCAUGAGAAGAUGGGAGGAGUGCAUUUCUUGAAGGCUUUGGGUCUUCCAGAGCCAAGCCCUAUCAAACAACAGCAGAAAAUCCCCAGGUCUUUUACAGAUUACAAAGCAAGCUGUCCAGAUUGUGAUGCAGAGAUCCUACUCACCCUAGUAAAAGGAAGGGGAUCCCAGGCCCUGGACAUCACCUAUCACCCCCUCCACCAAAAACAAGACCUUUGAGGCUGCUCUGGGACCUCCUCAGCCCCCUAAGUCUGUUUUGUAAUGCCUGUGGUGCUCUCCCUCCGGACCUUUCCUCUUGGGGGUCGCCACACUCUGCUAACUCUUGUGUGCACAUAUUUUAUAACAGAGUAGCGAGGAAAUGGUGCCGCUCCAGCUUCCACAAGCUGCCCGGGCUCUGGGGGGCUCCGGGACAAUCGGGGCUGGGAAGUGACUGUGCUCUUAUUGUACACUCUUUAUUUCUCUGUAUCUCUGGCUUGUGCUCUUUGUAAUUAAUGGGAUUUGUCUGCCUUUUCAACACUAUCCUGAGCAAUAACAAUAAAUGCACACGUGGA